CCCCUCAUUUAUUAUAAUGACUUUUCAUAUCUAACCAUGUCACAAUAAUUUCAUCACCAUAUGCUGCUUUCAGCUAACUCAGUCUUAUCUUUGGCGUACAGCCAAACAAAGCCACCUAACAGACCUCGCAUUAGUUUGAUGGUUGUCUUUUAUGAGACACACCAUCUCCCGUCGCGAGUGCGGAAUAGCUUCUGUCGAUUCCUGAUGGCAACUCGAAUGACUUAUAACCUUGGUGAUUGUCUCGCUGCCUGCCGAGUCACCACCUUUUGUUACCUAUUAAAACAAGAAAAAGUUAUCUCGGGCAAGCAGAAUAUAUUCAAAAUAUUUUUGUUAUCUUUCAGAUCAAAGAAUAUAUCGCUGAAAAUGAAAGAAACGAUGAUUAAGCUCAUUUCACUCUUAGUGGUUUUUUCAAGAGUAUCAUCAGCAGAGAUAUGCGAUUCUCCCCUCAGCAUUUUAAUCCCAGACAGUCAAUGGAGUGCCUCUUCUACAAUAAACCACACCUUAUUCGGUGCUUAUCACGGACGAAUGAACAAUUCUCCGGACACUGUAGGCUGGUGUUCGUCAACUGCCAAAGAAGAAAAAGCAUUUAUAGAGGUUGACUUGGGUAGGAACAUGCUCGUCAGUGCCCUGUCUACUGUAGGAGUGUUGGUGAAAAACGACUCUACUGGGAACUCUACAUUCAUGUACGUGUCACAGUAUUUCCUAGCCUAUAAACGUGAUGGAGACUUGAAAUGGAGGCGGUACCAUAGAAACGAUGUAUCUGUCACACUAAUUAAAAUCAAUGACUCCAGAGUCCACAAACACCACCUACUGACCCCGCGGAUCGCCCGCCGUGUUCGGCUUGUGUUGGACCAAGGAAUUGGAGACAGAUGGUGCCUGAAGAUGGAAAUACAUGGCUGUUCUUGGACUAGACAUGAUGGCUUGGUUUCGUACCGCAUCUCCCAGGGAAAUAUCCGACAGAAUCUACCCGGAUGGAAUUCUUUACGAGAUAACGGCUACGAUGGUACGAGGCUCGCUUUUGGGAAGAAGAUAGGCGUACUUUACCGGGGACUGGGUCAGUUAACAGACGGAGUGAUUGGUCGUAAUGCUGACUGGAAUGACACUGGUAACCCAAUCUGGAUUGACUGGAUUGGCUGGCAAGAUUCCAAAACCUCUGACCCAACUGUCACAUUUGAAUUCUCAUCCUUAAGAAAGUUCUCUAGCAUCCGUUUUCACGUGCUUAAUCUUCCGAGUCACCAUGAAAAGAUGCUCUUCAGCAAAGUUGUGCUUUCGUUCUCUCGAGAUGGCGAGUAUUUUGCUUGGAAGACCAUAUAUGAACCGAGUAUGGCUAAAAGAUCAAUACUGAGAAACAAAGCUGUUUGGAUUGAGGUUAACCUAGAUGGAAACAUUGGAAAACAUGUCACAUGCGAAUUUGUUUAUUACGGAUGGUGGGUGUUGAUCAGUGAAGUGGAAUUCAAAUCAGAAGUAUCCAUCGAUCAUAUUCCUGAAACCGAACAAAACAUUGUGCCUGUAAUAACACCAACAGCCAACACUGUCGACAACGGAAUCAAUACGACAGACAAGACUGUAGUGGAGGAGUCGAGUUUUGAUGAGCCUUCGGACGACUCUCGGGACACCGUGUUAAUAGGCUGCAUGGCUGCUGCAGGAGUAAUAGGAGUAUUGCUAUUGUGUGUCCUCGCCGUGCUGAUGUGGAGGCGAAGAAGUCGACGCACGCGAGCCGCUGAACAGGAUUUAAACAGCAGAGCAAUCAGAAUCAUCAACCCCGGCAAGAAAAACUCACUAAACAGAAGGAACGAUCCUGGUGCGCAGGAAAUUCGCUUUGAGAGACUAAAGAUGCUGGGGAAGGGAAUGGAUGAAGACGAAGAUGAUGAAGUGGAGGAAAUGGACUUAAUGAUGGAGAAAUGUAAUUUGAAUAACGCCAGGCUACUGAUGGGUGACCAAGAUACCUCAAGGAAUCUCCGUCCUCAAUCCAGGGAAAUCUCCCUGGAGGAAGAAAAGGCUGAAGUUCUUGCAGAAAUGAGGAAAGUUAGCGAAAGUAGCGAUGAAUGAAUGCAGGUACAUAUCGUUCUACGAUCCCUGUAGCAUUCCUAACACCAAACUUCUCCGCAUUGAAUAAAAUGAAACAAACUGACAAAUGCAUAUAAAAAUGGUGAAAUAUGCAUCAGAAACCAUAUCAUUUUUAGCUCCGCCAUUUAAAAGUAUAUUUGCAUCAUAUUAAUUGCUACUUUUGGAGUUUGCAACGGAUUUCCUUACCUUCGCGGGUAAAUUUUCCUCCAAUGAGCCGAAACUUCGACUAAGGAGGACGCCAUUUUGAAUAUUGCUUAGCAACCUGGUCGCUAAUCAUUGACCUAAAUGAUAAGGCAUGGUGAAAUUGAACUGUUUGACUUCACUCUGGAGCGUCGGAUAACUGAGAAUUUAGAGGUUCAUACUAAAGCAGCAACUGUACUCCUAUUAUUUGAAUGAAUUUCAAGAAGUCAUGGUAGUGCGUUCAGGUUACUAAGUCGUUUCCAAAAUGGCGGUGUCCGUAAGGAAAUUAUUAGCACACGUGAAGGCAAUUUUUCGAAAUGGAAGGUCUCUCUUAUGGAUCUCAAAUGCUGUAGUGUGUAUAUUUUAUAUGCCAUAUUGAAUGGCGGAAAUAAAUUUAAAUGGUUUUUGCCGGGAGCAUACUUCUCCAGUUAACCAAGGCUCAUGUAAAUUUCCAUGCGAUCAAAGAGCUCAACCCAGGUGAUAAAUUUAAAGUGAUUCUAAGAAAAUAGAAAUUUUUCUGAAGUAUGCUUCUGGAUUUCUUUUAUUUUAUAGAAUCAACAGUAUUCUGAGGAAUUGUCAAGUACAAUGAUGGCUAUUUAUGUUAAUUGAAGCAAAUACUGAAUUAUUUAGAUGUAGCUGUUAGAGAUGUUAACUUUGCUAAAAUGUUUCUUGUUACCCUUGUUACCAUAACUUACUUUCUAUUGCGCCUAUUCCAUAUUCCUUAUGUGCAGAGAUACUCCACAAUAUCUGUAUUUUAAUCACCUUAUCAGAAGCCACACUAGCUAAAUACUAACAGAAAGUAGAGUUUGCAUUCAAAACGAGUUUUAAUUGAGCUUCCAACAUAAUGUACAAUGAAAAAUUAGAUGCCUGGAACUUUAGGACUUCAAUAAGUUUUCCAUUAUUUUGACUCCGGUUUGUUUACGAACGAGUUUUCGUUUUGAUGUCAAGGGUCCCAGUCUCCAAGCGGUGACCUGAUUCUAAUCACGGCCGUUGGUGUGAAGCAACGGAAUCAUACGGAACCGCUCUGUCAAUGCGCCUUGGGCUGUUACACAAAGUUUGCUUAUUUCUAUUUCCCGAAACUUUAGCACAGUGCCGCUAAAUGUUUCAUUAUUCACAACACAAAAAGUUACAACUGAUAUUAAAUAUUUAUUGGAUUUCUCAUUCCUACCUUGUAAAGAGCACCGGUUUACCUACUAACUUCUUUGGAAUCUUGACACCGAAACAUACUCUUGAAAUUCAGUUAAACUUAACCUAAAUGUUUCCAAGUUAUCCAAAUGGUCUUAUUUCCAUUACAAAAAAAUACAGUAAUAUUAACUAAGCAUUGCGACUUAGAGUAAUUAGUUUGCUUCGAUUACAACAUUAAAACUAAGGUGUAUCCUUAUAUGAUUCUAAAAUCAUUGUACAUAAAUGCGUCAGAAUAAGUUGUUUGUAGGAUUACAAACACGAGGUAGUAUUAUUUCUUCUCCUUGUACAGUACGUAGGGGUUUUGAUAAUUAAAGAUAUAUUUUCCACGAAUGCAAA